CCAGUAUUAGAGCCAUUACGGUAAAAUAAUGUCGAGCCUAUAGCUGUCACAGGAAGUCAAUCUUGAUAUGGGAAAAACGUCAACAAACUACUGUCUACUGGAUGCCCAGCAGGUAUUCCCAGCAGUACAGAGACUUUCUCUACCAUGACCGAGAUGUUCUCCUCUCUGUACGGACAGACCGACACUCAGGGACCCCCGGGACCCUCCGCGCUGGGCUUCGGGCCCGGGAAGCCCCUGGCCCCGCCGGCAGCCCAGAACCAGGUCCACAUGUCUGUGGGGAUUCCGCACCAGCUUGUGGAUGAAGGGCCUCCACUCAGAAAGCCUGGAGCCAUGAAUGAACCCUUCUACCUGCUGAGAGAACUGCCAGUGGAGAAUGAGCUGACUGGAAACACCAACCUCAUCACACACUACAAUCUGGAACACGCGUACAACAAAUUCUGCGGUAAGAAGGUGAAGGAGAAGCUUAGCAACUUCCUCCCAGAGCUUCCUGGUAUGAUUGAUAAUCCAGGUCUUCAGGAUGGAAGUUCUUUACGCUCUCUUAUCGAGAAGCCACCAGUAUGCAACAACUCCUUCAGCCCUCUUACUGGAGCCAUGCUCACUGGUUUUAGACUACACACGGGACCACUUCCAGAGCAGUACAGACUGAUGCACAUUCAACCUCCAAAAAAGAAGAGCAAACACAAGCACAGACACCAUCGACCCCAGGAUCCUCUACCACCUGAAACACCCUCAGACUCAGACCACAAGAAAAAGAAGAAAAAGAAGGAUGAUGAUCCCGACAGGAAGAAAAAGAAGAAGGAUAAGAAAAAGAAGAAGAACCGCCAUAGCCCUGACCACCCAGGCAUGACCGGCUCUCAGCCCAGUGGCAGCAGCCUCAGAUAGGAGCGGACCUGACAGCUGAAAGAAUUCACUGUAAAUAGCAUUGAAGAAUGAUUGUUUUAAACUUAAUGUGUGUAUGUGAGAGAGAGUGAGUGAGAGAAUGAUAUUUUUUAACAUGUGUCUGUGUGUGUGUAUGUGUUAUGCAUUUGUUUAAUGCACCUAAAAGAGUCAGUAGUAAACUGUAUCUGUUACAUCCUUUUAUAAUCAUUUAAGUGCCUCUAUUUGUAUUUAUCACAUGAUAAAGCAAUCAAAUACAUUUUGAUAUAUCUUUAAAGUUAUAAAAACAUUUUAUAAGCACUAUAUUGAUUAUUGACUCUUUAUUUCUCUUUAUUUUUUCACAUUUUACAACCUAAUUCUGAAGAGAAGCACACAGCAGAGUGACAAUAAGCACCAAAACAA